UCCUAAAGUGUGACGUCACGUUGCCAUGACAGCAUUUUUUUCUGGUCUAAACAGUUUAAACUCAUACUUCAAACAUGGCGUCUUUAUCGAUAUGCUCACUCGUUUCUUUCUUUUCUGGAGAGCGGAAAUCGCUUGAUCGCGGAGAAAACCACUUCAAAUCCGACCAUGUCCAAAGCUUUAUUUAUUCCAGGGGAGUCAUCAAAGGUGAAGUCCAAGCAAGCAUGAAAAAUAAGGACUACAAAGUCACAAUUUAUCUCGAUGAAAACCUUGAAAUAAAAAACACAGAAUGCGAGUGUCCUCGCGGCGAGUUCAAGUGCAGUCACGCGGCAGCCAUAUUUAUUUAUGGCAUCCAUAACCUUAGCAGGACGGACCUGGAAUGCCAAUGGAAACGAAAGCGAAAGGCAGAAAGCGUACAGUCUGCAAGCCAGAUGUUUCCAGCGCCACCGAAGAAGAAGGAUUACAGCCCUUUGGCGCGCGAUCCUAGCCGAGAAGAUCGGAUGUGGCUGUACAGCGAACUAAAGCGCUAUGGCAAAUUUACAGGGACCUGCUGGAUCUUGAGUCCCGAACCACAACCUGCUACCCCUCUCCCGAUCAAGACGAUUGAGGAUAUCAUUUACUCAGAAGGUUUCCUUAUGGCAUCUACGAAGGAAAAACAAUUAGAGUACUUGAUUGAGAAUGCCAAAGUAGAGGAGAGAACCAUAAAUGUUGUGAGCACCCUCACGGCUGGCCAGCGAAACAGCCCUGCAUGGCACCAAGCUCGUAGAGGCCGCCUGACUGCCAGUAAUUUUGGCUCCGUCCUCCAGGCAAAAAGAGUUACACCGUCUCUUAUCAAGCGACUACUUGGGGAAUACAACUUGAGUGGAGUUAAAGCAAUUGCAUGGGGACAGGACAAUGAGACUGAGGCCCUGAAAUCCUUCACCAACAUCACAAACUUUACACCUGUACAGACCGGCCUUUGGCUACACGAGUCGGGAGUUCUGGGUGCUUCCAGAGAACUAUAUACUAACUGUCCAAUACGAAUAAUGGAUAAAACGAAACAUGUAGAAAUGACACGAAAUGGGAAUGUCAGAAUUGAAUCAAAUUAG